CAGUAGUUUUGGGCUUGUUUUGCUGAUGUUUUGUAUAUAAACCCGAGGUGUUGACUCCAUAGGUAAAAAUUUUAGGAUAAGCUUCGAGAGCGAGAAUGACAGUUAAUCUUUCAAAAAGUUUCAAAAUUCUUAACACUUAUGCCUGCCUGCUGCUGCUCGUGACUGUGGGGGAAACAUCCGCCUUGACCUUGAAGAAUAAUGUUCUGUGUGACACUUUUUGUAACUCUAUGUGUGCUAUAGAGAGCAUCCUCUGUGCCGGCGCUACAGAAGCGCAGUGCGACAUCAACAAAUCUCUGUGUAAAACGACCUGCCUGGUCCCGUGUUCCAUCGACUGGGAAGUCUGUGGCGACGCCUCGUUCCUUCCAGAGUGGACAGAUUUUGUUUACACCUUACAAGAAGCGUUUUUUCACAUUUAGCGCGAAAACCGCCACCAAAUGCGCCCUGGCCAGAGCUAAGACAGACCUGAACAAUCUCGUGCAGCUAGCCGUCAGCGUGCUAUCGAUGUCAGCCGACGCCAACGCCACCAUCGCUGAAGCGUCGUCUGUAAAUCAGAUAAAUAAAGAAAUGUUGGAAACGGUUACUACAAGAAAAUGAAAAUGAAUUAUUAUCACAAUCAAUCCAAUCUUUAACAAUAAACAUCUUUUUUUCCAAACGUUCAUUCUGUCAUUACACAUAAUUAAAGAUCAAAACA